AUGCGCUUUUACCAUGCGUCCAAAAUUAAAGCUCCCAGUGUGGCGGUUGCUCCUGAUGGCAUUCAUGGCCGGCAGAAGCGAGCGAUCCUCCGUGCGUUCUCUAUCUCUGCACUUCAGUCUCAUGAGCGUCUCCUGAAACCCUUUGUCAAUACUCUCAUUCAGAUGCUCCAUCCCACGGGCGGAAAGGAAGAGAGCGUCGUAGAUAUGACUGAAUGGUACAAUUAUGUCAUAUUCGACUUCAUGGCCUUCGAGUUGUUUGGCGAGUCAUUACACUGCCUCGAUAAAGGGAUAUCUCACACCUGGGUUGAUAUGCUUUACGGAUCUAUCAAAGGAUGGGCCUUCCUCAGCCAGUCGAAGUAUUUCCCAUCACUUUCCUGGGUAAUCAAAGCUGCCCUGUUCUUGUUCCGUCGUGACCUGCUCCAGCAUCGGUCCACCAAGUUCACCUCAGUUGCGUCCAAAGUUUCUGCAGAGAGUGUGUCGGAAUCAGGCGACCCUGGCUUUGGCACGUAUAUGCGGGCUAUUAAUGACCACAAGUCGACUCUAUCCAAGGAAGAGAUCUUAUCUAAUAGCAGCUUUUUGAUGAUUGCGGGUAGUGAAACCACGGCGACGUUUUUAUCCGGUUGCACAUUUUUCAUGCUGAAACAUCCAGAGGUAUACAAGAAGCUUUCUUGCCAAAUACGGGAACGCUUUUCUUCUCCAACAGAAAUGACAUUCUCAUCAUUAGCGGAUAUGUCAUACCUACACUUUGUCCUCCAAGAGUCACUGCGUAUGUACCCACCUGUACCGCUUGGCAUGCCGCGAGUUGUGCCACAUGGAGGCGCUGUAGUUUCAGGGCAAUUUGUCCCGGAAAAUACCUCUGUGGCUGUUGCUUCUUGGGCGACCUACCAGUCCUCGUCAAACUUCAAGGAUCCCCAGCUGUUCCUUCCAGAACGCUGGUCAGAUACUGAUGAUGGAGGUGACGAUGUCAAAGGGGCCUUGCAAGCCUUCUCAAUGGGCCCCAGAGGGUGUCCGGGGAGGAGUCUAGCGUUUGGAGAGGCGAGCUUGAUCCUUGCCCGAUUAAUAUGGGCGUUUGAUCUGGAGUUGUCUCCCCAGUGCUCGAAUUGGGCAGAUCAACGGGCCUAUAUCAUUUGGGACAAGGGGCCACUCCUCGUCAAAUUGACGCCACGCUCCUAA